AUGGAGAUUUAUUGGAGUCCUUCAAAUUACACCAAAGCUGGCAUUGAUCAAGGUGUCUAUGGAAUCAUUACAAUUUUACCAGCUUUUCCACCAUUUCUUUUCCUUCUCUACAUCCAAUUCACAAAAAAAGAACUCUUCUCAGCCUACAAGUAUUCAGUUUUUGCGACAAGUUAUAUUUGUUUCUCGGCGCAUAUGGUCAAUUUAAUGUCUUUCAUUUGGUUGUACUAUGCUGCAACUGUGCAACCACCGACAAUCGCGUUGCUUUGUUAUUUCGGGAAAUCUUUCGGAUAUUUCCUCUCUCAAUACAGCUAUUGUUAUUUAUUGGUGCUAGCCCUAUACCGUUUCUGCACAAUCGUUCUCCAUUUCGAGCUCCCCAUUUGGGCAUUAAUUCCACUGUUUCUUGGUGCUUAUUCGAGAGUGCUAAUUCACAUCAUUUGUGCGCUCUUUUUCGGCGAAAUCGGAUACAAUGACUCGUGCAAUCCGAUUUUGACAACGAAUUUUCUUGGCGGAUACAUGACAGUUCACUUGUGGUUGAUCGGUUGCGAUCUUGUGGCAUCAGUGUUGAAUGCGGGAAUUCUCCUUCAUUUGAGGCUUCAUUAUAAGCAACUGAAAGGAAAAUCCCAGUCACUGGCUCAACAAAAAGCCCGAAGAAAUCUCCAAAUCGGUCUCCUCAUCUCAUCAAUUUGGCCAGUUCUCACGCAGAGCUUCACCGCUUGGCAAAUCACGGCAGCUUUAUUAAGUAAA